AUGAAAUAAAGCCAGCAAGCAGCUAACUAACUAACUGCUGCCUUAUUAAAAGAGGGAUUAAUACAUAUAUUAGCUACUUUUAUAAUGAAAUAUGCAGGUAUAUCGAAUUUAGGUGUAAAAAGUAGUCAAGGUUAACUUUUCAAUUAAAUUAGUAAUUUUUGUUUGAAAUAUAAUUCUGAGCAUAUAUUAGUAAGAAUAAAUGUAUUAAUAUCUCUAACUUUGUUUCUGCAUCAUUUCUUUAUUAAUUAAUUAAUUACCUUUCAAGAUUCCUCAUUGUUACAUCCUUUUAAUGUUAUUCCACAAAAAAUAAGAUAUUUAUUCAUUUUAUGUUUUAUUUAUAAAAUUAAUUUACAAAACCAAUAAAAAUUUAUAUUUAUACAAAAUUAUAAUCAAAAACUUUAAUAGAGAGGAGUCAUUCAUUUAAAUAUAAAAGUAAUAAAUAAAUGA